GGCACAGGGUGGUGGACACGACAAGAGGGACGAGCGUCGUUUAUGUCAAGCAAAUGUCAACUUUCCAGAGAGAAAAUGAAGCAGCUAAGUCUCUGUUCAGGAGGCUUGAGUCUGCAGUUACUCCCAUCGUGUCCGGGGAGUACAGUCACCAUCGGGACAGAGCGGCGAUGGCAUCCCGGAUUUCUUUCACUCAGGCCCGGCUGGAAGCGGAGCUGGAGCGCUACCGGGCCGAGUGCCAGUGGGACAAGAUGCCGGCGAUAGUUGAGCAGAUGCAGGCUGCGCGGAUCCACGAAGACGAUGAUUACGGGACGCUGCUGAUGGCAGAGGCGCUGCUGGAGGAGUGCGUGCUGGAAAACAUGGAUCUGCUACGCAGGUCCAAACCUUUGGUGGACAAAACCCAGCCCAAACUGUGCAAGGCCAAAAGACUCCUCAAUACCAUCCUUAGCCGAGGCCGUCUAACACCCCGGUACUUGAACGAGGCUCUGCUGCUGAUGGCCAAAGUGCACUACGUGCAGGGACGCUACCGGGACGCCCAGGGAAUGUGUGCCAGGGUGGGGCUGGAGGAGCUGACGCAGGAUGACCAGCCGACCUACCACCUCCGCCUGCUGGCUGAGGCGUUCGUGAUUAAAGGUCUGUCUCUGGAUCACCAGACGCUGUCUGCCGUGUCCCGUGUUCGUCUUUCUGAGAGAGAGGAGGAGUCCCUGUCCUGUUACCUCAGGGCCUGUGAUGCAGCUCUGUCCUACCUGCAGGAGCUCGAUAAGGUUGUAACAACACCCCACAUCAAGUCAGCCAAAACCAUUUUACUUCACUCACCCAGUGAUAUUGAACUGGGCUACUUCCUGCAGGCUGCAUUACAGAGUGCUUACCUUUGUCUGCUGCAUAGGGGUCAUCUUGCACAGGGUGCUCACCAGCUGCGUAGAGUGCUGAGGGUGGUGGAGUCACGAGGGUCUCAGAACUUCAGAAAGUCUGCAGCGAGAAAACUAGCAAAAGUGUUGCUGAGCUCUGUGAGCGAGGACAGCUACUGGCCCCCGCUGGGCCCCCCACCCUCAGCCUGGCUUCACAGAGAAGGAGCCGCCGCCUCCAAAGACGCCAUCUACCCCACUGUUAAACCACCACAUCGCUACAGCACAGAAUGUUGCUUCUGUCCUCAGGACGUGGUGGAGGAGGCCAUUUUGCUGCUACUCAUCACAGAAUCCAUGGCCAGCGGUGACGCGGUGAUCAGUCGUCUGCCGGAUCAGGCUGAGGCUCGCAAGACCAGUCUGCAGGACGCCACCUCAGUCUAUGACCUGCUCACCAUCGGCAUGGUCAGGAGGGGGCAGUACGCCAUGCUCUCUGAGUGUCUGGAACGAGCCAUGAAGUUUUCAUUCAACGAGUUUCACCUGUGGCACCAGUUGGGCCUGUCACUCAUGGCCGCCCGGAAAGGGGUUGGUGCUGUAUCUGUAUUUAAAGAGUGUGCCAGGAUGAGACCAGAAGACCCUUCGUUGCCCUUGUUGGCUGCUAAAGUCUGCAUUGAUCAGCUGCAUUGGAUCAAGGAGGCAGAGGCUCUGUCCCAGAGUGUGGUGUCUAUGGGGGAGGAAGCAGGAGAAUUUCUGCCUAAAGCCUACCUGGCUCUGGGACUCUGCUGCAGUCUGCAGGCCUCUGAUGCUUCUCUGACCACAGACCGAAACGACUUCAACAAAAAGGCACUAAAUGCUUUGAAAAAAGCUCAUUCACUGGACCCUCAGGAUGCGCAGAUUGCCAUGUACCUGGCUCUGCAGCUGGCCAUCGUACGCCAGGUAUCAGCAGCUAUGGAGCCCCUUCAGGCAGCUUUAUCUCUCUGUGGGGAUGACUUACACUCCCUCCACCUGCUCACCCUGCUGCUCAGUGCCCAGAAACACCACCGUCAUGCUCUGGACACCCUUACUUUGGCCCUCGGCCAGCACCCUGACAACUUCAAUUUGCUGUUCACAAAGGUAAAGCUUGAAGAGGUGCUGCUCGGCCCGGCUGCAGCCCUGCAUACCUGUGAGGAGAUGUUGCAGCACUGGCAGAGCCGCUAUGAUGUCAGCCGCUCCAGCGAGACAGAUGACAGCAGCAGUAUACCGAUGCCUGAGAGGACAGAGGUCAGCCCCAGCGGCAGGAAACCCUCCAUCCACCUCACCCUGCCUGACUUCCAGGACACCUCCACUGGUUCACAGAGUCCUUCGUCAGUUGCACUAUCCCGUCUUGAAGCGGCUCUGUCCGAGGUGUCAGACCUCAGCUCUACCCGUCGCCAUGGGCCCACCUAUAUUUGGACCAUCCUGGAACGCAUUUGGCUGCAGGCUGGAGAGCUGUUCAUGGCAGACAGUCGGCUUAAGGAGGCUCAGUUCUGUAUAGCCGAGGCCAGUUCGCUCUUCCCCAACUCUCACUCUGUGCUGCUGCAGCGGGGCCGCCUGGCCGAGCUCCGGGGCCACCUGGACGAAGCCAAAGGCCUGUAUGACGAGGCCCUGGCCAUGCAUCCUACAGGAGAACGGAUACUGGUGCACACGGGCCGUCUGCUGGUGAAAACUGGGCGUGUCCACCUAGGCGAGAAGGUUCUGCGUGAUGCGGUUCAGAUCCACAGCACCUCCCACGAAGCGUGGAGUGGACUGGGUGAAGCUCUUCAGUCUCGAGAUUGCAACCAGGCCCCCGACUGCUUCUUGACAGCCCUGGAGUUGGAGGCCUCCAGUCCCGUCCGUCCCUUCACUGUCAUCCCCAGAGAGCUCUGAGAUGACGGCCUUGCAGUAGCAUGGAGGUUUGGGUUGGGGUGAAGAUUUUGGCUAAAAUCUAAUGAUGAGCUGACGAAAAGACAAUGGAAACAUGAGCUUUAAAUCAAAAGUUAGUUUUGGGUAUUGGGUCUGUUUUCUUGCUGUUGGGGAGAACAGACUGGUAUCACUCAUGUAUUUACAAUAUUUGAAGACAAAAUAAAAUAAAAUAGUAUCUAUUUCCCCAACUAGUUGGCAAGUGGUUGCUGUAAGUGGCUGGUGGUUGCAAGCAUCUAAUUUGUUUCAAAGAGGUAAAUUAUGCAGCAUGGAAGACCUUGAUUUGACUGAUUUGGUUGCUAUCAGGUUGCCACAGUCAGGUUUGUAGUUUGAAAACUUGUCUGCAAACACUUGCCGAGUGGAAGUGAAACUGAAAAGUUCAACACAAACAGAAGAUCGAGACUGCCCGAAGUUGAAGUAAAAGUUGUGUCUUUCAUGCAAAUUACAAACAACCCGGACAAGAUAAUGAUGACAAUCAGGUUUUUGGUGCAGCAGCCUCCAGCAGCCACUUGCCAACUGGGGCUUUGCAGGACUAUGUUAAUUAUCAAUUGUGGGAAAAGUAAGACUUUUUUUCAACCAAAAGAAAAAACCAAGUUGACCAAGUAAGUGCACUUGGUCUGGAGAAUUCCCAGUUAACCAAAAAAAAAAAAAAAAAAAAAAGACCUCCAGCAUAACCAGUCUCAGGAAGGGUGCUUCCAUCCCUGUGUGCUGCAGUGUGCUGCAGGUCACUAAAUUGAAGAUAUAAGUUUUCAUUUUCUGAAAAAUAUUUAUUUUUAUUUAUUUUGCUGUUUUGGACUGAACUAGGUGAGCUGUCUCCUCGUGUUUCAUAUUUUUCUUAAGCGUGACUUCAGGUUUAAGGGACAGAGGUUUGAGUGGUAUUUAUUUACUCAUCUAACUCUAAGUUUGUUUUCCAAAAUUUUAGCCAUUCCUUCAUCAAGUAUAUUUUAAAGAACAAACCGUUUAACAAAUCACUUUUACCUCAACUUGAAAAAGUAAUUAAUCUCAGCAACUUUCUUUGUUUCUUUGAUAAUCCAAUUGUUCAGUCUGACGUCAC